CAGCAGCAGCACCUGACACUUCCUGUUUGGAUCUAGGUUUCUUUUUUUCUUUUUUUAUUCACUCGCUCCAUGUGAGGGACGGGACCCGUGUGCUCCGCCGGGUUCCUGCAUCACUCCCUCGGUCCCCGCUCCGCUCCCCCGCACAGCUGCUAGCUUAGCCGCGGUGCCACAGCCGCUGCUCGCCCCGCGGCGGAAAGGGAAGAAGGAGCCUCUUCACUGGGAACUUGAAUUCUUGAUAAACACGCCAAGGAACCACUCUCCCGGGGGUUCCCAUCUGAUGGAGCAGAGCUUGUCUGCUCACCAUGUUUCCUUGUCAAGUAACCCCCUGGCCCUCUGCUGAGUCACCGGCCUCCUGCGGCAGUCAUGCUCCCCAAGCGCAGCCCUCACAACCCCUCCCUGACCUGCUGUGCAGCUGUCCCGCUCCACCUUUGAACACCCACUCUCAGACGCCGUCGCCGGACCCCAUGGAGUCCCUCAUCGUGGUCACGGAGUAUGAACCCAGCAGGCCGUCCGGUGCGACUGGGGAGGACGAGGAGGUAGAAGAUAUGGACAGUUCUGAGACGCCCGAGCCAGCAUCCUCGGUGGCAGCACCCUUCCCAACUUCAUCCUGCGACCUGCUGUCCCACACAGUUUGCCGGUCGGCGUCUCUGCUCCCCGAGAGCCAAGAGCAAAGGGGAAGACUGAACAUGUCAGACAGGAAACUAUCUCUGCAGGAGCGCUCGCAAAGCGCGGCAUCACCCUGCAGCUCACCGGGACUCAACGGGCGCUACAUUUACCCAUCAUUACCGUACUCACCCAUCACAUCACCCCACUCUUCCCCGCGGUUUCCCCGCCGACCGACUGUGGAGUCCCACAGUGUUUCCAUCACAGACCUCCAGGACUGUGUUCAACUUAACCAGUACAAGCUGAAGGACGAGAUUGGAAAGGGCUCCUAUGGUGUUGUCAAGCUGGCGUACAAUGAGGACAACAACACAUAUUAUGCGAUGAAGGUGUUGUCCAAGAAGAGGCUGAUGAGGCAGGCAGGUUUCCCACGAAGACCUCCCCCUCGUGGACCCAAAGAAGCCCCUGAGGGCCCCCCUCAUCUUAAAGGACCCCUGGAGCGGGUCUAUCAAGAGAUUGCCAUCCUGAAAAAGCUAGACCAUUCCAAUGUAGUAAAACUAGUGGAGGUUUUGGACGACCCUAGCGAGGACCAUCUGUACAUGGUGUUUGAGCUGGUGAAGCAAGGAGCUGUGAUGGAGGUACCGACCGAUAAACCUUUCAGCGAGGACCAGGCACGCUUUUACUUCCAGGAUCUGCUCAGGGGAAUUGAGUAUUUACAUUACCAGAGGAUCAUCCACAGAGACGUCAAACCCUCCAACCUGUUGGUGGGUGAAGACGGACACAUCAAGAUAGCAGACUUUGGAGUCAGUAACCAGUUUGAGGGAGCCGACGCUCUUCUGACCAGCACAGUGGGAACCCCUGCGUUCCUGGCUCCUGAGGCUCUUUCAGAGACCAGGAAGAACUUCUCUGGAAAGGCUUUGGAUGUGUGGGCCAUGGGAGUGACGCUCUAUUGUUUCGUCUUUGGAGUGUGUCCUUUUAUGGAUGAGCGCAUCCUCAGUCUUCAUCAGAAAAUCAAGACACAACCUGUGGUGUUACCUGAACAUGCCGACAUAUCAGAUGAUCUCAAAGAUUUGUUGCUGAAAAUGUUGGACAAGAAUCCAGAGACCAGGAUAUCAGUCACACAGAUUAAGGUGCACCCAUGGGUAACGAGGCACGGUGCGGAGCCGCUACCUCCAGAGGAUGACAACUGCUGUAUGCUGAUCGAGGUGACCGAGGAGGAGGUGGAGAAUUCAGUCAAACACAUCCCCAGCCUGGCUACCGUGAUCCUGGUGAGAACUAUGCUGAGGAAGCGUUCUUUUGGGAACCCCUUCGACUGGGGCCGCAAAGAGGAGCGCGGCAGCUUGUGUGCUCCAGGGCAAGUGCUCAUGAAGCAGGAGAGUGGUGAUGGCAUGAGGAGUAUGGACCUGCCCUUGGUGGGAGAAGAUGAGGCUCUCUCCUGAUGCACAGGGUCCACACUCCACGACGCCCCACUGCGUGACACCCCUUUACUCACGGUUUUAUACUGGCGGCCUACGUCUACAUGUGUUUCCUGGUGGAGGUGGAGCAGACGCAGAGCAAAGAGAGAAACUGAUGGAUCUGUGGCCCUUUGAUGACCAUUUGUUAGUUCUCCAUUUUCCGAGGCUUCGAGUUGGCGACGUGAGAGAGUCACAUGGGAAAACUCCUACAGAGGAUCCUCCUGAACAUUGCACUUGUCUGCAGCUCUCGUCACCCAAACCAGCCUCCUCUUCUAACCCUGCAUGCAUGUAUAGUGUGUGCAUGCUUCAUCUCAGGCUUCAACUGGACAGUUUUGUGUUUUAAUUGUAGUUUAACUUGUGUUUCUCCUUGUCCUCACUUGAUGAUACUUUCAGGUAACGGCAGUGGAUGAUGGUUAAUGAUGAGGGAUGGUUGUCUUCGCCGUCACCUUGACCUGCUCUUCGUUGGAGCAGGUUUCUUGACGAUGAUUGUCUGGCUCGCUGUGCUUCAGAGCGGCAGUGCCCGAAUUUUGUAAAAUAUUUCAGAGUGAAUCAUCUGGACAGUUUUCCCCCAAAAAAUGAGAAAAAAAGGGCAGAGAUAAAAUGUUUACGUCACUGAAUGCAUGUGUUUACUUUCCCAAUGCAACACGGUAUAAGCUAUUUCUGAACGUUGGCACGCACAGGACACUUGUUUGAUGCAAUUCUUUCUUAUUUCAGUCUUACCACUGGCUCGUUAUUUAAUCUCAUUUACUAAAAUCAGUAGAAAGCUUUAAAAACAGGUGAUAUGAUGCUUUAUAAACAAGCAGAUUCCUCAUUACACUCAAUAGCUUAGAUUAAAAAGGGGAUUUCCUUCUUUGCAAAGCUUUUGCUUCAGUGAGACUUUUCUAAAGUGAGCAGUUGAUUAAUUGUAGGUAUUUGCUUGAUAUUUUUAAACUUGACAAAAACAGAAUGUGUUGGUGCAAAAUUAUUCUGUAGACUUUAAGUUUGAACAGUAAAUCUUUUCUCUGCAAUUAAUUGGACCAACAUGCAUGUGUUUGCAGUUUCACAAAAUGUGUGGAGUGAAAAGAAAAUCAUGACUCUCCAACCUCACGUUCAAGUUGUUGUGUUUUGUAUCGUAAGAAUCAUUGAUUUUUAUUUAAACACAUUUUUUCAGGACACCAAAAAACUUUAAUUCUAUGUAAUAUUGUAAAGUGCAGUAACUUAAACAGACAAACCUUUAAACUAUUUGUUCUUAUUACAUCACCGGAGCCGCUGCCGCAUUUAAGUUUUAAGAUGGAAGAGCAUAGUGCAGCUGCAGGUGUUUUAUGUACAAAUCUAUGCAUAUCUAUAGAAGUGUUGAACUGUUAUAAAGAAACUCUUCUCAUCGUUGAUUGAAGGACUUGGCCAGUCUGCAAAUAUUUCUAACUAAAUAUAAAAUAUUUUUAUUUAUUCUCAUGAUUUUCAUUCUUGAUCCCAAAGCAGUAAAAUUAGCACAUUUCCACAUUUGCUCCUUGUGUUUCCUGUUUGUUUUUCUGGCACUAGUGUAAAAGUAGAGGUGAAGUCACUUGAUGUUAACGUAGAAAAACGAUACGAUAUUGUUUGUAACAUUUAAACGCUUUCACACAUGAAUGAAUUCAGCACAUAAGGGACUUUGGAUUUAUGUUUUUUUUACCUUACUACUUGCAUGUCACUCUGAACUGUACCAAGUGUAUGUCUGUUGUAUGACUAGUACUAUGCAUAUGAUGUGUCUUUCUCUGUAUGGUGCAAUAGUGCAGCUCUGGCAGGUUGUCACAUGCAGUGUGCAAACUCACUGUUUGAAUGAUUCUCUACACUUUACAAAUAUUUAAUUUGUGCUGCAAAUCUGGAUUUACGUUUUCUUUAAAUUGCCAACCUGAACUUUUUGAAAAACGAAACACAUUUUAUUUGUAUGAUAAACAAUCACAGCUAAACAAUAUUUUAAAGCCUGUCGUUUACUCAGAGAAUUAAUUGCAGAAUAGCCACAAUUUAUUAUAUACUUUGAAAUACCACCUCAUUCAGAUACGCCUUUUACUCAUAAUUAUACAUUCUGACAUACUGUACGUUAUUGCAGAUUAAGAUUACGUAUUUAAUUUGAGUAAAAUAAGGCCAGUUUACCUCUGGUGGAAAUAUUUUCUGUCCAUGACCAACCGUGCAAGCCACAAAAAAAUGCAGUGUGAUAAAUAUUUUACAAUAUUUAAACUUGUAGUUUGUUUCAAUGCAGUUUUUGAAAAGCUACAGUAAGUGAUUCACUUUUAUUGUUCACAUGGUUUUAAAUUCUAUAGUGUAAUUAAUUUUAUUAAGAGCUCUGGGGGCUCUUUUGCCCCUGAAUGCAUGCCAACAUACUAGCACACAACACUGUACUGUCAUAGCAUGUGAGGUCCUCUGCAACAAGACUGGACCUUUAAAUAUAUUAUUCUAUUCAUACUGUAUCUUGAUCAUCAUUUG